AUGAGAAAACCAGACAGUUUUGGGAGGAGUGGCUGCGCCGCCAUUAAUGCGGCUUCGAAGCUCAGAAAAGGGUUGUGGUCGCCGGAGGAAGAUGAGAAGUUGAUGAAUUAUAUGGUGAGAAAUGGGCAGGGGUGUUGGAGUGAUGUUGCGAGGAAUGCAGGGCUGCAACGUUGCGGUAAGAGCUGCCGCCUAAGGUGGAUCAACUACUUGCGCCCGGAUCUUAAAAGAGGCGCGUUUUCUGCCCAGGAAGAAGAGCUUAUUAUUCAUCUCCAUUCGCUUCUUGGCAAUAGGUGGUCUCAAAUUGCAGCACGUUUGCCUGGACGUACUGAUAAUGAAAUUAAAAAUUUUUGGAAUUCUACAAUAAAGAAGAGGCUCAAGAAUAUUUCUUCAUCAUCGUCAAGAUCACCAAAUACAAGUGAUUCAUCAAUGGAUCAACCAAGAGAUGGCGUUAAUGGAGGGUUCAUAUCAAAUCAAGAACCCAGCAUGAUGGGGGUGUACAUGCAUCCAUCAUCUUCUUCUACAUGGCAGUUGCCAAAUAUGGCCUUAAAUGCCAUGAAUCUUGAUCCUAUCCUUGAUCAGCAGCCGACAGGCAUUGUCGGGUCGUACUUUGAUGUACAACCUUGCAAUGCACAAGGUGGGAUGUUUGGUGGGAACAUUGACUUUGAAGGGCAUUUUAUGGUUCCACCAUUAGAAAAUAUGAACACUGAACUGUGUGGCAAAAUGGGAAAUUUCGUUGAAAGGAGUAAUGCUAACGUCAUGAAUAAUAUGAAUAGUAUAACCAAUUAUAAUCAAUGCAAUAAUAAUAAAGAUAACAUAAACAACAAAUUAGUUGAAAAUAAUGUGAAAAUUGAGGGUUUGUGUUGGGAAGGAGAUGAACUUAGAACGGCUAUGGGAGAAUGGGAUUUAGAGGAGUUGAUGAAAGAUGUUUCUUCGUUUCCUUUUCUUGACUUUCAAGUACAGUAA